CUAUCUUCAUCUUCCACCAAAAACCCUAUAAAACCCUAGUGUCUGCAACACAGCCUCGUAAAUCUCUGCAGCGUCGCUUUUGCGCCGCUUCGCAACUUUCUACCAUCGACGAUUUGCCCUCUUUCUCGGAAAACAGGAUUCACUUCUCUUCUCCAUCAGAGGGAAACAUAAAUUAUUAAUUAUGGUGCAGUACAACUUUAAGAAGAUAACAGUUGUUCCCACCAGGGAUGAUUUCAUUGAUAUCAUCCUUUCCCGUACCCAACGUCAAACACCAACUGUUGUUCACAAGGGUUAUGCUAUCUCCCGCAUCCGUCAGUUCUACAUGCGUAAAGUGAAAUACACACAGCAGAACUUUCAUGAGAAGCUUUCAACUAUCAUUGAGGAAUUCCCCCGGCUCGAUGAUAUUCACCCUUUCUAUGGUGACCUUCUUCAUGUUCUCUACAACAAAGAUCACUACAAGCUUGCUCUUGGUCAAAUUAAUACUGCAAGGAAUCUCAUUGGUAAAAUUUCCAAGGAUUAUGUGAAAUUGUUAAAGUAUGGUGACUCACUUUAUCGAUGCAAGUCUCUGAAGGUUGCGGCUCUUGGCCGUAUGUGUACUGUAAUAAAGAGGGUGGGCCCUAGUUUGGCAUACCUUGAACAGAUCAGGCAGCACAUGGCUAGGUUGCCUUCAAUUGAUCCAAAUACAAGGACGAUUUUGAUUUGUGGGUAUCCGAAUGUGGGCAAGAGCUCGUUCAUCAACAAGAUCACUAGAGCUGAUGUGGAUGUCCAGCCCUAUGCUUUCACCACAAAGUCUUUAUUUGUCGGUCAUACAGAUUAUAAAUACCUAAGAUAUCAGGUAAUAGAUACACCAGGAAUCUUGGAUAGGCCAUUUGAAGAUCGAAAUAUCAUUGAGAUGUGCAGCAUCACUGCCUUGGCACAUUUAAGAGCUGCUGUGCUGUUCUUCUUGGAUAUUUCUGGGUCAUGUGGAUAUAGUAUUGCACAACAGGCUGCUCUUUUCCACAGUAUCAAGUCAUUGUUCAUGAACAAACCGCUGAUUAUAGUUUGCAAUAAAACCGAUUUGCAGCCGUUAGAUGGCAUAUCUGAAGAAGACAUGAAGUUGGUCAUGGAGAUGAAAUCUGAAGCUAUGAAGACUGUGAUAGGUCAAGGUGGGGAUUCUACAAAUGAUGAGGAGGUACUCUUGACCAUGAGCACUUUGACUGAAGAUGGAGUAAUUGCAGUAAAGAAUGUGGCUUGUGAGAGGUUAUUAAAUCAAAGAGUGGAAUUGAAAAUGAAGUCUAAAAAGAUAAGUGAUUGUUUGAAUCGCUUUCAUGUUGCAAUGCCAAAGCCACGCGAUCAGAAAGAAAGGCCACCUUGUAUACCUCAGGCAGUCUUGGAAGCUAAGGCUAAGAAAGAAGUGGAUCAGGAGAAGAGGAAGCUCGAGAGGGAUUUGGAGAACGAGAAUGGUGGAGCAGGUGUAUAUUCUGCUAGCUUGAGGAAACAUUAUGUUUUAGCAAAUGAUGAAUGGAAAGAAGACAUAAUGCCAGAAAUUCUUGAUGGGCACAAUGUAUAUGAUUUCGUUGAUCCCGAUAUCUUGCAAAGGCUCGAGGAGUUGGAGCAGGAAGAAGGUCUUCGUCAGGAUCAGGAUGAAGGUGAGGAUGUGGAUAUGGAUGGCACCGAACUGACCCCAGAAGAACAAGAAGCGCUGGCUGAGAUUCGUAAAAAGAAAAGUUUGCUUAUUCAACAGCAUAGGAUCAAGAAAAGCACUGCAGAGAGCAGACCAACGGUACCAAGGAAAUUCGACAAAGACAAGAAGUUCACAUCAAUGAGAAUGGGAAGGCAGUUAUCAUCUUUGGGGCUUGAUCCGACUCUUGCAAUUAACCGAGCUCGUAGCCAGUCAAGGGGACGUAAGAGGGAGAGAUCUCUUGACCGUGGAAAUAAUGAUGGUGGUGAUGCCAUGGAUUUGGAUGCCGAACAACCUAACAAGAAGCUUCGGACCUUGUCUAGAUCCCGAUCAAGAUCGAGGUCACGUCCACCAGGUGAGUUGGUCCCGGGUGAGGGAUUCAAGGAUUCUGCUCAAAAGGUGAAGGCCCUAAAAAUGGCUAAGAAAUCUGUCAAGAAGAGGAACAAGGAUGCUCGACGUGGAGAGGCAGAUAGAGUUAUUCCCACUCUGAAACCAAAACAUUUGUUCUCUGGGAAGCGCCCAAUUGGAAAAACCAGUAGACGCUGAUGAAAUUAAGGUGCAUCUUAUAUACACAUUUUGGACUUUUAUUUUAGGGAUUUCUCUUCAGCUUGUUUUUGUUUUUUCACUUUUCUGUUUUAUCUUUAGUCUUGGGGUGUGUUUUGCUUCUUGCAGCCAAGGGUGAUAUAUGUAUUGCUGAUAGGGUGCACUAUAAGCCUGCAGGCUGCAUUGUACUUGAUAUUGCACUUGGAGAUUCUGGGUCUAUGAUGUUGAACCAGCCAUUGUUUUGUUUUGUGUUGCUUUUUUUUUUUUUUU